AUGCACAGACAUACGAUGACUCCUCCCGUGCUGGAUACCCUGUCUCUUGCAGGCAAAGUGGCCAUCAUCACUGGCUCUGGCCGCAACAAUGGUAUCGGCGCUGGCAUCGCAAGGGCACUCGCUCGGAACGGUGCCGCCGUAGCCAUCAACUUCGUGUCCGAUGAGUCGGCGUCACGCGCGGAAGAGACGGCCCAAAAGAUCCGGGACUUGGGCGCUCGCGUCGCGGUUGUGCGAGGAAGUAUCGAGACGCAGGAUGGAGCGAAGAACAUUGUGGCAGAAUCUCUCAAAGCCCUCGACGUGGAUCACGUUGAUAUUCUAGUCAACAAUGCGGGAGUCGGCGCAAGUAGUCCCUUGCUCGAUGUCACACCCGAACAACUCCAGAAAGAGUUCGGUGUCAACGUAUUUGGCGCUCUCUACAUGACACAAGCCGCAAUAAAACUUGGGAACAUGCCCCGCGGCGGCCGCAUAAUCAACAUCGGGUCUAUCGUAUCUAGAAUGGGGCCCGCCGACAUGGGUGUGUACGCUACUACGAAGGCGGCGACGGACGCGCUCAUGGCGACGUGGGCUUUGGAGGUAUUCACUACAAGGACCUAUGGUGCGGCAGUGACACGAGGAAACUUUGCUGAUGCCAGUCUCCAGCUUGGACGCAGCCGCGGUAUUACCAUCAACACUGUUGCGCCGGGCCCUGUCGAUACAGACAUUGGCAACGAUAUUGACAACCCGGACGUCACCGAUGAUUCAUUCUUUGUGGAUAUGACCCGGGCCGAGGCACGGACCGGGACCGUGGAUGAUAUCGCUGAUGCGGUACUCCUCCUUGUUUCUGGCUUGAGCCGGUGGAUUACGGCCCAGUUCAUCUCUGUGAGCGGAGGAAUCAACAUUCUGUAA